AUGCCUAAUUACAAAUUAAUAGUGAUUUAAAAAUUGUAAAUUCUAAAAAGUUCAAGCAAUGUUAUGGAAUUUCUCUUUAAAGUCAUUCUAAUCUAAACUCUUAUGAUUAUACAAUUAUUAAUGACAGUGAUAAAACCAUAGAAGAAACUAUCAACAAUGUAAUUAAUUCUGCUAAGAAAUAACUGGAAUAAUCAGUAUGUUUUGAUGAAAACCAUUAAGAUCAGUUUCUCUUAUUUAUGGCUUUGGCUUAAGGUAAAUCAGAAAUUUUAAUUGGUAAACCUUCUUCUCAUACUAACUCAUUAAAAUAUGUAAUUUAGAAAUUUCUGCCAGACUGCCAUAUAGAGUUUAAGGAGACAAAUAUAAAGGAUAAUUAUAUUAUGUCAGUAUAAGGAGUUGGCUAUGUGUUUGAAUGA